GGGUAACAGCACAAUUUUCUAUACUUUGCGAUAAUACGUUAAGUAUGUAGAAAUAGGCUGACAUACAUUUCAAGUUAAAUAAAAAUGAAUCGGAAUAUAUGCGUUGUAUCGAUGCACCCAGCAUGCCGGUUAUUGACAGCAGUUACAGUCAUUAUCUAGACCCGAUGGCAAGUGAACAAUGGAAAAAUGACGUCGCAUACGCGAUGACCCCUUUUAAAAUAAUAUCGUGGCCCAUCGGCGUCUGGCCACUUCAAGUUUAUAAUGUUUAUUCGUUUAUACGAUGUGUCUUGGGUACCUUGUCCGCGGCCCUCAUGGUCGUCAUGCCUUCCAUCGAGAUCUACUUGGGCUGCACUAACACAGAGACAAACGUAGACUGUCUUAUGCUAAUCUGUUGCGGAAUACUUGGUAUGGUGAAGACAAUAUGGUUCCGUAUUUAUGCAAGAAAUUUGACUAACAAUUAUGGUUCUGCUGUGAAUGAUUACUUGACGAUUGAAAAUACGAGGGAACGCGCCAUCAUGCGGAAACACGCUUUCAUGGGAAGGUUUCUCCUUUGUUUAAUUUUAGGCUUCGCUUAUAUUAGUUGUGUGAUAUAUGCGCUAAUCCCUCUACUGGAUGAUGAUGAAAUUGAGCAGGUUAAUAUAACAAAUGAAGAUAUUACGCUGGAAUAUCCAAUGCCAUCAAAAUGCACUAUAAAAUAUUUGAAUACUUCAAUGAACAUGUAUAGAAUCUUUUGUCUCAUUGAAACUAUCGCCUUAAUACUAGCCAGUACUACUAAUCAUGGUAACGACGCUUUGUUUCUGAACAUUACAUUGCAUGUUUGUGGUCAAAUAAAAAUUCUGAAAAACAAUUUUCUUAAUUUUGAUACCAAAAGUCCAGAAAUUUAUGAUCGUUUCACCGUAUUAAUUAAAAGACACAACUAUUUAAUAAAACUGACCAGAGAACUAGCCGAAAUUAUUAGUUUUGUGUUACUGGUAGAAUUAUUUAUUAUCAGUAUACUUUUAUGCAUAAUGGGACUUCAACUUAUUUUAGCAUUAAAAGUAAACAACAUUAUUAUGAUUGGGAAAAGUUUAACAGUACUGAUUACAUUUUUGAUACAAUUAACUUUAUAUGGUAUUAUAGGAAAUUAUUUGAAAUCCCAAAUGGAAGAAAUAGGGCUUGCUGUAUAUCAAAGCGCUUGGUAUAAUUUUCCUGCUAAAUUGACGAGACAUUUAGUUUUCAUUAUUAUGCGUUCUGAUUCUCCAGUCACUUUGCAAGCUGGAAAUUUUAUUGUAGUAAAUUUAGCAACUUAUAUGAGUAUUUUAAAAGCAUCUCUUUCGUAUUUAUCUGUGCUUCGUGUAUUAGUAGAAACAUGA